AUGGGGAGACCAGGAGAGUUUAAGAAGAUGACAUUAGAGGAAUACGUUGAUUUCAUCGACUCUGGAAACUCCAUCGAUUUCACCUGCUCCUACCUCAAUCAGAUCCUUCACAUUCACGGUUUCCGAAAGCUUCACAAAUCCAACAAGAAAACUGUAGGCGAAGCAGUAGACGCAGUGGAACUACUCGAUCUCUCACGCUCUACUCUGAAUCAAACCUCCGUCUCGUUAUCGGCUUCGUUAACUCUCGAUCAAGUGAUAACUGACAUCGAAGCUCUCAAAUGGCAGGAGUGCUGCCUCACCUCUCUCCAGAUCAUCAACUCCGAUCAAAUUACUCGAUCCGUCGUCGCUAAUCCCAAACCGAAAUCGAAUAAGAGGAAGAUCGGUAAAGAGAAUAAGAAGAAGAAGAAGAUGCGAAGAGCAUCAGAUCUGUGA